UAAAUUCUGGAUAUAAAAAUGUCAGACUCGUCAGUGUUGUAUCGUGUUGGCGCUUGUUAAAUGUUCGUUCGUUGAAUUCGGCAUCGUAUCAUGUCAGUUGUCUAUGUUGUAUCGUGUGCAAACUAAUAACGUUUCCAAUCAUGUGGUACCUAAAGAGCCUUAAAGGUGAUAUUAUUUAUUUAAAACCGAACAAAUUGAUGAUCGUUAGCAGAAAGGAAGGGUAUGAAAUUCUUCUCAAAGACGAUGCCUCCAUCAGUAAACUUCAUGCUACCGUUACUGUCAGACCGAAAGUUAAUUUCAAGAAUAAUGAACCGAGCUCUACAGUGAUUGUCCAAGACACCAACUCCAAGUAUGGAACCUUUGUAAUAAACAGCGAGAAUCAACAGCGCAAACUUACACCAGGGGAUCACGUUCUCAAUGAAAAAGACAGAAUCAAAUUUGGCCUGCAGCAACACAUAUUCACGCUUCACUAUAUACCUCUCAUAAUAUCGACAUCGACUCUAAAUUCUGAGGAAAAAGUAGAACUACAAAAUAUUGUUGAAACACUGGACGGCGUGAUUGUUGAAAAAUGGAAAGAAUAUUGCACGCAUCUUACUGUGUCGAAUGCCACACUUACUGCUCAGGUUGUGCAAGCCUUGGCUUUUGGUACUCAAAUUGUUAGUAUGGCAUAUUGGCGAGCAGUUAUUCGUAGUGUGGAGAAUAAGAAAGAGCUACCAGGAGUAAAAAAUUAUUUGCCCUCAAUAAAAGAAGGAUUGAUUGACAGUGAAUGUGUAUCUAUAGAAACAAACACCAGUCGCAAAGUUCUAUUCAGAAAUCUCUGCUUCGUGUGCUUAUCAGCUUCUCAAUGUGGACUGAAAGAUAUAGUUCAAUGUGCAGGGGGCAAAUUGGAACUGUUCAUUGAGGGGCAAAGGGAUGUAAAGCAACUUUCGUCGGAAAAUUUUAUCGUCUUACAACUCGAGAACAGCACUUCACAGCCUUUGCACAUCUCCCAAGCUUCGUAUGAUGAAAUUCAAAGUACUUUGGAAAAAAAGAAACUAAGGUUGAUUCCAGAAUCUGAAAUAUCGCUGGCAAUAUUGUAUUGCUCCACUGAGAAAUACUGUAAUCCGAAAUUUAACUUUAAGCGAUUGCUAGGUGUUGGUAGGCGAAAUAAAAAUGUUCAACUAUCCAGCACUAUUCUAGCACCCGACACGGAAGAUAUGCUGUCAACCAUUCCUCGCCAAACAGACGUUAUAAUCAAUGAAUCUUUUACACCUUCGGAACAAAUAGAAGAGGCAGGAAACUCAAGAAAAGGAAUACCAUUACUCGGAACAAAACAGGCCGAUGCAGAAAAUGUAAAAGAUUCAUCUCCGCUUCCAAUAGUGUAUAAAAAAUCCACAGAAAGACCAUCUUUUGGAUCCGAAGAAUCAUCUAGAGAUGGAUAUUUGAUUAUAGAUGAAAUAGGAUCUGAUUUUGAGUCUGAUAGUAAUGACACAAAUGCUAAAAAAAGUGAUGUCAAUGAAUUUGACAAUGUGCUGAGUAAGUCUAAGGUUCUUACGAACCCAAUAGUUGGCCAACGUAUUACUCGUCAGCUGAAGUCACAACUGUCAGACAGAUCUAAAACGAAAAAUGUUCACGAAACAUAUGCACAUGGUUCCUCAAGAAAAUCUGGUGGUAAUUUUCUUUCCAGUCCAUCAACCUCAAAAGAUAAGUCAUGGAAAAAAGCGGCCCCUAAUGAUUUUGAAGAUGAAGAAAAUUUCUCUUUAAGGAAGCCCGAAAGCAUUACAGAUCAGCAGUCUAGGGAGGAAAAUCCGAGGGGUGAAAAAAUUUUGAGUAAAAAAUUAGAUCCAGAUACCAAAAUGUCCAAUUCAGCCCAUAUAAGCGAUAAAAGAAAAUCACGUAAGCAAACCGACAUGGAUAAUGACGAUAUGUUUGGAUUUGUAAACGAGGGAGCAAGGAAAAAAAGGAACGUUAUAAAAGUGGAAAAUAACGAAUUAUUCGAAUUACUCGAAGAUCCAACCACUACAAAUUCACCACAGGAAGACAAUAUAUUUCAACAAGAACUUCAAAAAACGAAAUGCAGAAACAUUCAAAAAAGAAAACGCUCUGUGUCUCUGACCAGCAACAAUUCAUCCAUUGAUGAAGAAAAACCCGAAAUUAAAAUUGAGGCGAUGGAUACGGACGAGGAAAUGAUCCGUGCACCUUUAGUACUCUGCAAGAAGGAAGACAUCUCGAUUGAUGAGACGUGUAAUUCAACAGUUGUACCUCUACUUCGUACAGACAUCGAUGUCUCCCUGAACGCCACACUAGGCAAUUACAAAACUUUUAUUAAGAUGUAUACAUUAACUCCAAAAGAAAGAGUGAAGAUUAAGAAUAUGUACGUAUAUGAGUCUGAAGACGACUCUAUCAGCAAAUCCAAGGUUUGUGAAGAAGAGAUAAGCUCGAGUGAAGACGAGAACGACGACUUCAGAUUUCACAGUAAACAAGUAGAAAAGAAAGUGAGAGCAAGAAGGUAGUCCCAAGUAAAUGAAAGUUCUCCUUUUCGACUCUGUAUAUCAUAAACAAACUAUAAAACAUCGUUGAAGUUUGUAUUGUAAAGUUCUAGUACCAACAUCGAAAUACACGUCAACAACUGUCUUAUCGAAUAAUAUAGACAAACCGUGUUUAUUGCAAAAAAAAAAAAAAUAAUAAACACUUA